AUGGCCAACUUAAUAUAUUUCGAGAACAGUGUUGUAUCAACAUGUGUGUUUAAAAACAUUGACGACUUAAAGCAGAAUAUUUCAUCACAAUAUGGUGUACCUUCAGAAGAUUUAUACGUUAUUGUGAACGGAAAAAUAGCGACCAGUAUUUCUAAUUUGGAAAACAACAACAAUGUUAUUAGAGUGUAUACAAAAAUUGUUGGAGGGAAAGGUGGUUUUGGGUCCAUGUUACGUGCGAUCGGAGCUCAAAUCGAGAAAACAACUAACCGUGAAGCAUGCCGAGAUCUCUCCGGGAGACGUUUGCGUGAUAUAAACGAAGAAAAACGCCUCAGGAAGUGGUUGGAAGGACAGGAAGAGCGCGAUCGUGAAGCCGCUGAAAGGAAACAAAAGAAAAUCGAAAGAUUGAUCGCGGAACCUAAAAUUGAGGUUAACUUGAGCCCCGUAUAUGAAAAAGAACGACAGGAGCUGCCAGAACGAGUGAGUGCAGCGGUGGAUGCGGGCUGGCAAGCCGCGGGAUCGUCUAACGAAGGUAAACGAAAAGCUGAAGAUGUACCGGCUAAAGGUAAGAAGAAGCCAAAAUUAUGGAUAGAUGCUGAUUUGUCAGACUGUUCGUCCUUGAGUGAGGACGAGGAAGAAGAAGUGAAGUCGACGGCUGCUCAAACAGUGUCUACGGACAGCGGAAAUGAGUCUGACCGUGCAUCAAUUAGUAGUAAAGCUUAA